UAAACUUGUGUAAUAUGACUUAAAAUGACCGUGACGUUGGCUGUUGUCUCAGAAUCUUUUCAAUUUUAAAAGUGUCGACCAAUUUCUCUCUCACAACACUCAUGAUCAAGACGAAUAGUGUGAGGAGCGGCCGAAAGUUGCGAGUUGACUUGAGAAGAUCAGAGUUCCUUGAGAAGAUCGCUGUUUCGUCUAGACGGUUAGGGUGGCAGUUUUACAAUGGGAUGUCAUGCGCAUAUAUAGAAAAGUGUGGGACCAUCUUGAGGAACACCAGCUCGGAAAAACCGGUCAUUGAGGUGGUUGUGAAAUAUAAGGGCGUUACUUGGUGGGGAAAUGAUGCUCUUGAACAGCAGCACAACUCGGUAUUAAACUCGAUAAAAAACCCUUCGAUUAUGGCAAGAAAAGCCCCAGAACGGUACAACCCCCAACUCAAGGUAGGAGAGGUUAUGUCUACCACGUGAUUACUGUUUUAUAGUUCAGUGGUACGGUCGGGAAUUUAAUUUACAUUACAGAAUUAAAUUUUUGCUUCCUCCAUUAAACCUUGUGUCUUCCUGCUUGU